AUGCUUGUGUUGGGACUCACUGGUGGAAUCGCUUGCGGUAAGAGUACGGUCUCGAGGAGGCUGCGGGAGAAGCACAAGUUGGCGAUCAUUGAUGCUGAUCAGGUAGCCAGGGACGUCGUGGAACCAGGCCAAGAUGCAUACAACAGGAUUCUAGAUGCUUUCAAUGGCAAGGUUUCUAAUUUGACACUUCCAGAUGGGCAUCUUAACAGAGGUGCGCUCGGUAGGUGGGUAUUCGAGCAUCCCGACGACUUAAAGAAGUUGAACUGCAUCACACACCCGGCUGUCAGAUAUGGCAUCUUCAAGAAGAUCCUGGUGUGCUACCUUUGUGGCUACCGAAUGUGUGUUUUAGACGUUCCACUACUAUAUGAGGCAGGUCUUGAUAGACUGUGUGGGAUUACAGUGACAGUUGUGUCGGAUCAGGAACAGCAGGUCGAGAGAAUUCUGGUUAGAAACCCUGGAAUGACUCGGGAGGAUGCGCUCAACAGGAUCAAAGCUCAAAUGACUACAGAGGAGCGCAUCGAAAGAGCGGACUAUGUGCUGGAAAACAAUAGAGAUGUGCCCUACCUUUUCAGGCAGGUCGACGAGCUUGUCGCCAAAGUGAAUCCGACACUGCUCAGGACGGUCCUCGAAUACUUCCCGCCGUUCGGAGCCGUAAGUGCAGCUGCUUUAGUCUUAUCAAAAUCGUUCUUGAACUCUCACAAAAGGAAGAUGCAGUGA